UCUCUCUCUCUCUCUCUCUCUCUCUCUCUCUCUCUCUCUCUCUGGUUUAUUGCCACUCUGACAUCAGAACUAUUGCAGUUGAAGGCUUUCGCUCCGACAGGGAUAUAUCAUUGUCAGCUACUAUUUCCCAGAGGCUUUUUACACACCAUAUCAAGAGAGCUGUGAGGAGAGAGAGAACCUCUCCCUUCACCCUGAGAGUCUGUCUGUCUGUCUGUCUGCAGAGCAUCUUUCAUGCGUCUCCUUGUGUCUCAGUCUCACAUCAACAUGAACUGUGAACAGGACUUUGGGGAGGGGGGAAUGAACGUCACCCUUACGCUACGGCUCCUCAUGCACGGAAAGGAAGUUGGCAGCAUCAUCGGAAAGAAAGGAGAGACAGUGAAGAAAAUACGAGAAGAGAGCAGCGCCCGUAUCAACAUCUCAGAGGGCUCGUGUCCAGAGAGGAUCAUCACUAUUACAGGACCUACAGACUGUGUCUUCAGAGCCUUCACUAUGAUCACUCUCAAACUGGAAGAGGACCUCACAACUCUGGUAGCCAAUGGCACGGUCACCAGCAAGCCCCCUGUCACCCUAAGAUUGGUCAUUCCUGCCAGCCAAUGUGGUUCUCUCAUCGGGAAGGGCGGCUCCAAGAUCAAGGAGAUCAGAGAGACCACGGGGGCACAAGUACAGGUAGCAGGAGACCUCCUUCCCAACUCCACUGAGAGAGGAGUGACGAUAUCCGGGACCCAAGACGCCAUCAUCCAGUGUGUCAAGCUCAUCUGCACUGUCAUUCUCGAGUCACCUCCGAAGGGGGCCACUGUUCCAUAUCGACCCAGCCCCUCCCCUGGAACAGUCAUGAUCUCCGGGAACCAGGUGUUCGAGGCGUCUGAGUACGGGUCACACCCCCUCUUCCAAUUGGCCCAGGGAGGGAUGGAUCUACAACAAACGUACGCUGUACAGAACCAAUAUGGCAUUCCACAUUCAGAGUUGGCCAAGCUUCACCAGUUGUCUAUGCAGCAGCAAGGCCUGGCCGCCCAGAUGAACCAACAGCAGACCAACUCUGUCAUACCUGGAAUGGACUCCAAUUCACAGACCACAUCACAGGAGCUACUCAUUCCAAAUGAUCUCAUCGGCUCCAUCAUCGGGCGUCAGGGCACCAAGAUCAAUGAGAUCCGCCAGGUGUCAGGGGCUCAGAUAAAGAUCGGUAGCCAGCUGGACAGCACCAGUGAUAGAGCCGUCACCAUCACAGGGACACCCAUCUCUAUCAACCUGGCCCAAUACCUCAUCACCUCCUGUUUAGAGACCGCCAAAUCCACCGCCCAGUCUUCCUCCAUGUCGACCCCUGCUGACCUCACCAUGGCCUACAGCCAACCGCCCUCCCCAGCCCAAUCUUCAGCUGUGGCUGCUGCCACCCUGGCUGCCAUGGGCUGCCCUGGCAUGUCCCACCCCCACCCCCACGCUGCAGUCCCCAUGAUGGGCACCCACCCCUAUGGGGCCCUCCCCCUCUCCAGCCUCCUUGGAAUGCAAUCCAUGAAAUCCAUCCAAUCUGUACCCUUCCUGGCUUUAUCCAACCCUGCCGCCAAUGCAGCCGCCGCCGCUGGGGCCCAUGCCCAGGCCCAGAUCUCCUACACAGCGAAGAUCUCCUCGGCCAACGGGAUCGGGAAGAAACCGGAGAGACAGAAGUUUGCGCCAUACUGAUGACGUCCGUCUCCAUCCCGCCAUCACUCCAUCCUUCUCUCCAGCUCUCACUUCCGUCCCUGAGACAAGAAAGAAAUGGGGGAAGAAUGGAAGGAAGGUCUGUUUUUGUUGUUGUUAUAUUCCUCCAUUCUCUUCUCUCUUCUAGUUGUGUAGUACAUUCUAGAGACUUUAGCCCUUACCUUCAAUACACUAAGAGGAACUUUGGAUUAGUUCGUAUAGAAAGCUAUAUUUAUGUUGUCAGGCCGAGGAAGCCUAUCAAGCCAUAGUCUGUAUCUCAGAUGGAACCCAUCUCAGAUGGAACCCAUCUCAAAUGGAACCCAUCUCAAAUGGAACCCAUCUCAGAUGGAACCCAUCUCAAAUGGAACCCAUCUCAGAUGGAACCCAUCUCAAAUGGAACCCAUCUCAAAUGGAACCCAUCUCAGAUGGAACCCAUCUCAAAUGGAACCCAUCUCAAAUGGAACCCAUCUCAGAUGGAACCCAUCUCAAAUGGAACCCAUCUCAAAUGGAAGCCAUCUCAGAUGGAACCCAUCUCAAAUGGAACCCAUCUCAGAUGGAACCCAUCUCAAAUGGAACCCAUCUCAGAUGGAACCCAUCUCACCUUUAUAGUGCAGUUCUGUUGACCAGAGCUAAUGGUGCUCCAGGGUUCUAGGCCCCACCAGGGUUCUGAUCAAAAGUAGUGUAUUGUAUAUGGAAAAGGGUUCUGUUUGAGAUGCAGCCAUAGACUAUUAUUUCCUUCACUUUUAUCCUCCUCUCACCGUCCUACCAUUCUACUCUACUGCUUUUAUUUAUUAUUGACUUCUACUGAAAUAUUCCCACAACGAGUUUAUACAUUUAAACACUGGUGACUGAUGCUCGACUGUAUGUUCCUGUAUCAGCUUUUAUACUAUGAUGUGUGUUCCUUCCUUUAUACAACUCCAAGUUUUUUCUUUUGUAUUUGAAGAACGAUGUAAAAAAAAAAAAAAAAAAAAAAAUUGAAAAUUACUUCAGACCUCUCUUUUAGUGUUAUUUUUGUCAUGUUUUUUUGCCACAUUUUGUUAGAAAUGUGUUGUUUAAUUUAUUUUAUUUAUUAUGACGAGUAUUACUUUUACAAUAAAAUGUUAGUUUUUUUAGGAGGAAAAUGGCUCCAGGUACUACUACCAAAACUACUAAUACUUCUCUUCCUUCCUGUCUCUUUUGACUAAAGAAGGCCUUUCUUCCUGUCUGUCUCCUACUAAAGCAAAGGUUUUUUUUAGCAACGUUAGGUUUCUGUUGAAUAGAGAGAAAGUGUUUUUCCACAUCUUAUAUGUCAAUAUAAUGAAUAAUUGAACACGCUAAAAGCAGGGUACAUGGAUUUAAACACCUAAAGCCCUCUUGGGAUGAGGGAUGAGUGAUGAGGGAUGAGGGAUGAGGGAUGAGGGAUGAGGAUGUUUUUCUCACCCCGGCUGUCAAAAUAAUACUAGCUAUUCUAAUACUAGCUAUUCUUGACUAAUUCUGCAUGUUUAGUUCGGCCACACACACACACACAAGCGCACGCGCACACACACACACACACACACACACACUGAAACACACACUGAAACACACACACACACACACACACACACACACACACACACACACACACACACACACACACACACACACACACACACACACUGAAACACACACACACACACGCACACACACACACACACACACGCACACACACACUGAAACACACACACACACAGGUUAAAACACACAUUGGGCUGGGUCUUUGUGUUGACAGACUCUAAAGACCUAAAUAACCACAAGCAGUGUGAAAGACAAGCAAUACUGAAGUGAAGGAGUGCAUCUGCUGGAGCCUACAGACCAAUAGGGACAGACAGGACAACAUAUAUACUACUACUACUACUACUACCACUGUAAUACAUUAUAACUCUAUCUUACUGGGGUGUUAUUGCAUUAGAGAUGUUUUGUGUUGAGUUUUUAUAAAUAUGCCGUAAAAUAUGAACUCACUUAUUUUUAUAAAAACACCGAAACGAUGUAAGUUGUAGGGUAUUUACUGUGUUCACUUACUAGUAAAUCGCUCAUUCAUAGUCGGUCUCAAAAGCUGCCUUCUUCCCUGUACUGUGCACUACUUUUCACUACACUCGCUUGACAUAUAGUGCACUGUGUUGGCAAGGGUGCCUUUUUCGGGAUGCAGACACCCCACUGAACGUUGUUGUCAAAACCUCCGUCCACCGUGUGUGUUUUCUGUUCUCUCCUAACGUCUCGCACUGUAGCCCACUGUAGCCCACUGUAGCCCACUGUAGCCCACUGUAGCCCACUGUAGCCCACUGUAGCCCACUGUAGGCCACUGUAGCCCACUGUAGCCCACUGUAGGCCACUGUAGCCCACUGUAGCCCACUGUAGCCCACUGUAGGCCAUUUGCAUGAGUUCCAUUUUAAUUGAUGUCUAUGCAAAACAUCUCUUGAUGGUUCAGCAAAAUAUAUUUGUUGUUUUGCAUAGCUCGUAGUAAUCACUGAGACAAUAGUGACUGAUAGGAACGUUUUGGAGAGGAUUACAGGGGGAUCGGGACGCAAACAAUCUGGUAACUCCACCCGUUGGUUUUCUAGAAAUCCCGUUUUGAAGAUUCCCAGAAUCAAUCAUCAGGACAUCUACAAUCCUCCAACCAGGAUUUCUGGAAAACCUGGGAAUUUUGGAGAAAGUUACACGAAUUUUGCGACCCUGGGAUCAGCAAUGCGGCAUUUGUUUUGGCUCGGGGUUUUUUUUAACCAUAAGGAUGACUAUAUAAAAGCAAUGCUCUCAUUCCAACUCUUUCUUCUAAUGCGGAAGACACACUUCAGUUGAAGGCAUUCAGUUGUACGACUGACUAGGUAUCCCCCCUUUUCCCUUUCCCUUUAAUACACAAUAUGCACAUGACUAUAACCCAAUCAAAAGGACACGAAACAAUACAAUAUUGCACUUAAACAUGAGCGUUUCUGUUGUCGUGGCAACAUAUCAACAUAUUCUAUUGAUUGGAUACUGUCACACUUCUUGCAAUGUGUUUUUUGUUUGUUUGCUAAACGAUCCUCACAGGAAAAGUUCUGUCGUUUGAAUCCACGUGAAGUUUUCCCUCCUGUUGUUUCUUUCUAUACAUUCUAAUAAACAAAACAAUAUGCAUCUA